AUGACUUGGGUCGCAACCAGCUUGGUAGAGCAGGCGCUGAGUAACCUUCAGAAAGUCGGCCCGGCUGCGCAAUUCUCACCGCUCCUGUGGCGAGAAGAGUCACCGACUAUUUCGUCUAAGCGGACUCUCACCAAUGAAAUAUCUUCAGCAAAUGUUUACCCUGAAGUCAGUGAACUAAGAGAGCUCGCUGCCGACGGUCUUAACAACGGCCGUGCUCCUAAUGGUCCAUCUGCCGACGGUCGUCUGGUUGGUGAAGGUCUUUCUCCGGAAGAAGAGGUUGUGGACUUUCACGAAUUGCACAUGAGCCUACACAAGCUAAUAAGACAAACUGAGACCACCGCUACACAUGUUGAUGAACUGAACCAGCGAUUGGCCGAGCAAAACCGAACCAUCGACCGUUUGACGCAGGACAACGGGUACCUCAUUGCGGAGCUGCAGGCCCUAGAGCGUCAGAAGUCCAGCAACGCUGUCCCGCGGAUCCUACUAACGCCCAGUGUUUCGCCGCUCUCGCUGAGGAGUCACGACUUUCUGCUCAACGACGACUUUAGAUGCAGCCACUGCGGCGCCACAGCCAGUUCGCGAAAGGCACUCGCCUCCGACGGGCCCAAGUCCAGCGGUCCACGACAUUGCCGACUAAGGUCAAGUGGACCAGGGUCAAGUGGACCAGGGUCUAGCGGGCCCAGUUUGAGGUCGGGGUCGUCGUAUCUGAGGAUGAAGUCUGAGCAAACGGGUGUGUUGUUUCCAUUGCAUCUCAAAUCGCGUCUCGCGAGUCCGGUAUACAUCGAAGACGAAGAGAAGCUUCGAACCACCGAUCUCGCCGCGGCCUCCCCGGUUCCGAGUUGCCGCAGCCCCGAGGUGGGCACGGACUGCAACGGCCUAUGCACUGUGGCACGGGUCAGGAUGCACCGCAUGCCGGCCCACUCCUCCUUGUCCCGAUCUGUGUCCAUUUCGGCGUCCCCCGGGGGCUCUCCCCCCUACAGAGAGUCACCCGGACGGCCUUCUCCCGGACAGUCUUCCCGCUGUGGGUCUUCUCCAUCUAAGUCUUCCCCAUAUAUAUCUCAUCCUGACGAAGCUGGUCCACGAAGUCCGGUCUGGACCGAGGCUUCGGUCGUCUGUGCGGACACUUGUGUAGGUGCCUGUUGGGGGACCCGUUGGGUCUCAUGCAGUCCGCAGUUGCCCGCAGGGUCGGCGAAGACUCGUGCCAGCCGGUGCCUCCAUGCGCUGCAACCAACAGGUGCAGCGUCAUCGAGCCCCCGCGAUGAGUUCUUUACCGCCUCCGGGUCCGCCAACGUGUCUUCGCGGCACACCGUCGGCGGAGGACCCUCCACCUCGGCCCUCUUACUGGACCCCGACCCCCUAGUUCUGGACCCUAUGCUUCUCAACCGUGCUGGUCUCAACCCCUCGGGUGCUAGUGACAGUCCGCGCUGCCUCAAGACCAGACUCCGGUCGCCGGCAAGACCCAGUCGCGCCGCCAGUGCUGUCCACCCGGGUGUGCGACCACCCGACCAAGUCUGUUCCGCGGCCGCGGGCGACGCAAGUAUCGGCGCUAAGCUCAAGCGGUUGCGCAAGACCUCCUCACUGCGCAAAUUCGUGCGUAGAGUCAGCGGCCGCCGAGUUGGCACCCAGCGGCUCAUCAUCCACCCGCCACUCAUGACCCAUCAGACUACGAUUCAGUACGACCCUACCGUUACUUGCUCCAACGCUGUCCCCCUGCAAGUGGCUCCGUGGACGGCCCGAUCCGAAACAGUCCCGGGCCCUGAGCCCGACCUGGACCCCUCGGGCUUCGUUCCCUUGUUCCCAGCUCUUGAGCGGGACGCUUUCGAGAACCAUGGUGUGGAAAGCCACGGUGUCGACUGUGACAAUCUCGACGAAGGUAUCCACGAUCGCCCUUUCAGAGCCCCUCCUCCGCCCCUGACCCGGUCUGUGAGCGGUCACGGCAUCGCUAAGAAGGUCAGGAGUCAACUGCGACGAACCAUAUCCCUCUUCCAGUCUACUGGCUUCCAGUCUACUGGCUUCCA